AACAGAAAAAGACGGAAUAAGCCAUGUGAAUCCGUGAAGCUCGCGCGCUCGCUGAAAUAAUUUCCCGGCAUGCCUUACGAUUCGCUGUCCCAUUUCGCGCGCAGGUGACGGCGUUCGGCGGUUGGUUUGGUCUUCUGCGUCGCACAACGCGUUCUUCGAAGUCACACGAUAUCAGGUUUGAAACAACGUGUAGCACGUGAGCGUGUUCUCGACGAUUCUUCGGCGCAAAUGGAAGACUGUGCUAAGAACCUGAUGGCACCAAGCGUAAGGUGAGAAGAUCUUGAAACAGAUACUUGCAGCAGCCACGGGAAACAAUGACGCACUUCACACGCAGGCUUUUAUGUGAGGGGCAUUGCGCGCCCUGGGCUGACUUCGUAAGGAACUGUGCCCACAUAGACUCUCCGGCAAGCCCAGGGAAAACGCCUGGACAGCGCAGUCGGUUCUGGGACUUCAACCCGGGUCCCUUUCCAGUCCGGGCGAUGAAGCUGAGAGGUGACCAGGUUCGAAUCCCGGCACAGGCUGUGCUGUCUGGAUGGUGAACUAGAGAGCGAGAUGAAUGAACAGUACCAGGCUCAUUGGAAUCCGUACAUUUUUAAUGUACAGCCAGGUUACUUUUCAUGGUAUAACUGCACUCCUGGGUACUGCUACAAUCAGGGAGAUUCAGGGGUAUGGUACCCCACACCGCUGUGUCCAUAUCCUCCUCCUGACAAGGGAACUGCAGUUACUGGCAAAGACUAUGACCUGUGCACCAGCAUUUCAGUUGUGGAAAAGGUUGGCCAUGAACCUGAUGUGGUGCUCAGUGAGAACUGCAAUGCCUUCCAAUAUGCACCUUCUGACAAGGGAACUGCAGUUACUGGCAAAGGCUAUGACCUUCACACGAGCGUUCCAGCUCUGGAAAAGGUUUACCGUGAACCUGAUGUGGUGCUCAGUAAGAAAAGCAAUGCCCUCCAUGCUUUAAAACAAGAUGCAGGCUCAAGAAGUCCAGAAGCGAAAGACAACUUCACCGUUGUACCCAUGGACAUAUCGCCAAAGCGUAGCCCAUCCGUCAAACGCAGUUUGGUGAUGACCGGAGAUUCAUCGGAGGAAAAAAUGUGCAAGAAACCUAAACUGGUCUGCAUUCCUCUGGAGCCUCCCGAAGUAAGCGACCUGUCUGGCAAACUCACUGAACUAAGACACGUCAUCGCAAUGCAUGGUUGUCGUCGUGACUUGGCAGAUCGUUUAGACUAUCCGAAGGACCCAAGAAAGCCACCGCUCAUAGGGAAACGGCUACCCCGUGUACUGAAGACCGUUAGUUAUGAUACUGAAUGCCGUGUUUCUAAGUCGUUGGUGCUGACGAAGUUGAAACAAGAAUGCAGCAGUGUCUUAAGUGAUUGUGCAUCAUCAUCCAGCGUGCGCUCAAGUGUGGAAAGAUACAGCCAGUCGACUUCUCUACCACAUAGUGCAAGGAGUAACCCAGCAGGAGAUGCAACACCUUCCCACCACUGCAUAGAAAGUGCUUUGGAGUGUUCUAAUCUAACCGAUAACGCUACUGCUAAGAGUUGUGGUGGCACAACAGGGGUGUCCUCAGACUGUCUUCAUGGUGCAUAUACACCACACAGCACAAAGGUGAACUUCACAGGCAUCUUUGACAUACAGAGAGAUCUGCAUGGCUUCGCCUUACAGGGUCCCGUGAGUCUCUUCAGCCGUUUAGAGAAUGUAAAUGAUGCUCUCAUUGCCUGCUUCGACGAAUUGACUUCUUGAUAAUGAGCGCUCCAACAAGUCCCCCAGGCAUAAAGACGUGCGCAGUACAGGGCAGUACAUCCUGUACGAAACUUCGCCUCAUAAUAUGUAAAUUCAUUGGUUGUGCAAAAGCUUGUUUUACACUGUGAA